AUGAUUGUGGACUUCAGGAAGAGCACUGUCCCCCCGCCCCCACCCUCCGUGAUGGACUCCCCCAUCACCUCUGUGGAGUCCUUCCGUUUCCUGGACACCACCAUCACCCAGGACCUCAAGUGGGAGCCGACCAUCAGCUCCCUCAUCAAGAAGGCCCAGCAGAGGAUGUACUUCCUGCGGCAGCUCAGGAAAGCCAAGCUGCAGUUCUACACGGCCAUCAUCGAGUCCAUCCUCACCUCCUCCAUCACCUCCUCCAUCACCUCCUCCAUCACCUCCUCCAUCACCUCCUCCGUCACCGUGUGGUUCGCUGGAGCCACAGUCAGGGACAAACAGAGACUACAGCGCAUUGUGCGCUCUGCAGAGGAAGUGAUCGGCCGCAGCCUUCCAUCGCUGCAGGACCUUAACAACACGCGUUUGCUGAUCAACAGAGACAUGGGGUUUCUACUCUCUAAGUCAAUGGACACAAGCUUUCAAAAGCAGCAGGAGUUUAUGCUCCAUAAUGCCAGACUACAGAUGGAGCGUCAGAUCAUGAUGCAGAACCAGAUGAGGGAACAACAGAUGGCCAUGCAGAUUGCCUGGUCCAGAGAGUUUCUCAAAUACUUUGGCACUUUUUUUGGUUUGGCUUCAUUGGGGCUCAGUGUUGGUGCUAUUAAGAAAAGAAGACCAGGGCUUUUGGGCCCCAUUGUUCCUCUUGGUUUUAUCUUUGCUUAUCAACUGGACAUGGCCUAUGGAACAUUCGUUUAUCGGAUGAGAGAGGAAGCUGAAAACAUCAUGGCGGCUGAAGGCAAUCGAUUAGAGUUACCUCAUGGGAUCCCAACCUUUGAGAGCAUAGAGAAAGCUCGUCGUGCCAAAAACACCCUCACUGCCUUUUUGGAGAAAUGA